UUUCCCGGCCUCCCCCAGUUGGGGGGGGGGGCGGGGCAGAGCACCACUCUUUUUCUCCAGGCCUCCCCAAAUCAGGCUGGUGAGGGUGUUCAGAGGCGGCAGCUAAGCCCACUUGCCCACAGUGGGAGGCGAGAGCGAGCCCCAUUUGCUGGGGCAGGAGAUGAGACCCAGAGAGGGCAGGGGUCUUGGGCACAGUCACAGCCAGCGAGCGGGGCCAAGGGUUUGUCCCAGGUCUGUGCGGCUCUAGGGUUCGUGCUGCCAGCAUGAGGAGGUGGGCAGGCAGCGGCUGAUGUGGGAGCCUCGGCCCUCGAGGUGCGGGGUGAGUGAUUGGGGGUACAGAGGAGGCCAGAGAGCCGUGACGCCCAGUGGUACAUUUGGCCUUCAGGGCUGGGUCUGUCAGGGAGGGGCCCGGGGGAGGGCCCCCAGCUGCUCUGGCCCUAUAACUUGGGCAGUGCCCGAUGUGGGCAGACGGUAGGGCAGGGGUACCCCCCCCAGAGAUAGGGGUCCCUGGUCGACCUAAGACAGUGGCCCAUCCACGCGUGCCCACAGGCCCACAGCUCAGAGGGGUAAAUAAUUGAAGGGCAGGUCACACGAACCUGCCCGCGUCACGGGAUGCCUUCCGCCGGGUCUGGUUACGCCCCAGAUCGCAUUCUGACAUCCCUGGCUGGUGAAUAAUUAAGCUGCCACCUCCUCCCUGGCCACCACCACCGGCAGGCCCUCCGUCUCCAGGUCCCACUCUACAGCUUUCUUUGCUCCCUCAAAGCGGUGGGCACUGUAAGCGACCGACCCCCCGCGCUCCCGGCCCCACCAGCACCUCUGGCCUCCUGCCCAGCACCCGACUUGCAGCCCACUCCAUGGCCCCCGAGAUGGACCAGGUCUAUAGGUCCACCAUGGCCAUCUACAAGAGCAUCAUGGAGCAGUUUAACCCCGCCCUGCAGAACCUGGUGUACCUUGGAAACAAUUACCUGAGGGCCUUCCAUGCUCUGUCCAAGGCGGCUGAGGUGUACUUCAACGCCAUCCAGAAGAUCGGAGAGCAGGCCCUCCAAAGCUCCACCUCGCAGAUUCUGGGGGAGAUCCUGGUGCAGAUGUCGAACACCCAGCGGCACUUGAACUCUGACCUGGAGGUGGUGGUGCAGACAUUCCAUGGAGAUCUGCUACAGCACAUGGAGAAGAACACGAAGCUGGACAUGCAGUUCAUCAAAGACAGCCGCCAGCACUAUGAGAUGGAGUACCACCACCGAGCCGCCAACCUGGAGAAGUGCAUGUCUGAGCUGUGGCGCAUGGAACGCAAGAGGGACAAGAAUGUUCGGGAGAUGAAGGAGAGUGUGAACCGGCUACACGCACAGAUGCAGGCCUUUGUGUCUGAGAGUCAGCGGGCAGCUGAACUGGAAGAGAAGCGGCGCUAUCGUUUCCUGGCCGAGAAGCACCUGCUGCUUUCCAACACGUUCCUGCAGUUUUUUGGCCGGGCCCGGGGCAUGCUCCAGAACCGCGUGCUGCUGUGGAAGGAGCAGUCGGAGGCCAGCCGCAGCCCGUCGCGCGCCCACUCCCCGGGCCUGCUGGGCCCCGUGCUGGGGCCGCCCUACCCCUCGGGCCGCCUGACGCCCACCCGCCUGGACAUGCCCCAGAGGCCCCUGGCGGAGUUCAGCUCCCCCCGCAGCCGGCACGGCUCCGAGCCCGGCGAGGCGAGGUCCGCGUCGCAGCUGGAACCAGACCGCCGGUCGCUGCCCCGGACGCCGUCCACCUCCUCGCUCUACGCCGGCGGCAGCCCGCGCUCGCGCUCCAACUCCUUCGGCGAGCGCCCGGGCGGCGGGGGCGCCCGCAGAGUCCGCGCCCUCGUCUCGCACUCGGAGGGCGCCAACCACACGCUGCUGCGCUUCUCGGCCGGGGACGUCCUGGAGGUGCUGGUGCCCGAGGCCCAGAACGGCUGGCUCUACGGCAAGCUGGAGGGCUCAUGCGCGAGCGGCUGGUUCCCCGAGGCCUAUGUGAAGCCUUUGGAGGAGGUGCCUGUGAGCCCCAUGUGCCCCUUGAGCCCAGUGACCUCCAUGAACCCAAUGAGCCCUAUGAAUGAGUUACCUUCCAGAUCCUACCCGCUCCGGGGCAGCCACAGCCUUGACGACCUCCUGGGCCGGCCGGCCAACUCUACAGCACCGUCAGAGUACUGGGACGGCCAGUCCCGCUCCCGAGCCCCGAGCCGCGUCCCGAGCCGCGCCCCCAGCCCCGCACCUACACCUUUGCCUGACAGCCGCCAAAGCAGCAUGGGCAGCCCGGGGGUGGCCAGUGACGUCAAGAAACUUAUGUCCUGGGAGCCGCACCCUCCAGAGCUCUUCCCUCGGGGCACAAACCCCUUUGCCACGGUAAAGCUGCGUCCCACCAUCACCAACGACCGCUCGGCACCCCUCAUCCGCUGAGGUGCCUUCCUCCGGCACGGGUCUGAGGUCGUCCCCCCACAACUGCCCAGGGGCUGCCCAGAGCUGGCGGUGGCCGCAGCAGCAGUGGAUCCGCGAAGCCGGGGUCCGGAUACUGGGGGGGGGCUGCCCUGCCCCAAAUGCGCUGCCCGCAGCUUGAGCAGCUCCAAGGGGACUGGCCUGGGGUCUGGGCCCUUCAAAAUAAAGGAGGCAGAAUUGGGGGACAGGACCAUUUCUUCUUCCUCCAAGGGCCCCAGGACUCUCCCUGGGGGCCUGCCUCAUGCGUCCCAACGCCCUUCCCCUUCUCUGCCCCAGCAGGGAGGAGCCCCUGCGCACCCUCCAGUCCACCCCGCAUAUGUCCUCCUGUUUAACUUUUGUAAACGGUGAGAAAUAAAGCAAGUGGA